CAAAAAAAAACCGGGACAGUGCGGCUUCUUUAGUUUUGCCGGCUCCGCCGCAACUAACGGAGAGCAGCUGCACUGCCCUGCUCUCUGCUUUCAUUUCAUAUUCCUUUAUCUAAUCCUCCUUUCUUCCGUUUUCAGUAGUUAUUUUAGUGAGGAACGACUCGUUUCAGCAACUUUUGACUGCUGUCGAGUCUUAUAGCUUUUUUUUCUCAGUGGUAUAGCUAAAUAUACAGCUUUAUCGCGCUUUUGUUUAAAUUUUUACGUCGCGUUUUUGUCCCCUCCUCAAAUCUGCGUCCCAAAGCUUGUCUUCGCUUCAUCUGCUGAGAAAAGAGCGCAGCCAUGGGGUAUGGGCGGUCAGACAGCUACCGCGUGGCCACCACGCAGGACAAAGAUGAUAAGGGCUCCCCGAAGAAGAACAAGAAAGGGAAUAAGGAUCUGGAUGAUCUGAAGAAGGAAGUCCCAUUGACCGAACACAAGAUGUCUGUGGAAGAAGUGUGCCGGAAGUUCCAGACAGACAUUGUUCAGGGUCUGACUAAUGCCAAGGCAGCAGAGUUCCUGCAGCGUGACGGUCCGAACGCUCUGACCCCACCCCCCACCACCCCAGAGUGGGUAAAGUUCUGCCGGCAGCUGUUUGGAGGUUUCUCCAUCCUGCUGUGGACCGGUGCCAUCCUCUGCUUCCUGGCCUACGCCAUCCAAGCCGCCACUGAGGACGAACCGGCCGGGGACAAUCUCUACCUGGGUAUCGUGCUGUCCGCUGUGGUCAUCAUCACCGGCUGCUUCUCCUACUUCCAGGAGGCCAAGAGCUCCAAGAUCAUGGAGUCCUUCAAGAACAUGGUGCCUCAGCAAGCGUUGGUGAUCCGUGAAGGAGAGAAGAUGCAGAUUAACGCAGAGGAAGUGGUGGCUGGAGAUCUUGUGGAGGUGAAGGGUGGAGACAGGAUUCCUGCUGACCUCAGGAUCAUCUCCUCACAUGGCUGCAAGGUGGAUAAUUCCUCUCUGACCGGUGAAUCAGAGCCACAGACACGAUCACCAGACUGCACUCACGACAACCCACUGGAAACCCGCAACAUCGCCUUCUUCUCCACCAACUGUGUAGAAGGAACGGCGCGUGGUAUUGUUGUAUGCACUGGUGACCGCACAGUGAUGGGCCGCAUCGCCACCCUGACCUCUGGCCUUGAGACCGGAAAGACGCCCAUCGCCAAGGAGAUUGAGCACUUUAUCCACAUCAUCACGGGCGUGGCCGUCUUCCUAGGUCUCAGCUUUUUCAUCCUGUCCAUCAUCCUGGGCUACAGCUGGCUCGAGGCCGUCAUCUUCCUCAUCGGUAUCAUCGUAGCUAACGUGCCUGAGGGGCUGCUGGCUACUGUCACUGUGUGUCUGACUCUCACAGCUAAGCGCAUGGCCCGCAAGAACUGUCUGGUGAAGAACUUGGAGGCUGUGGAAACCCUGGGCUCCACCUCCACCAUCUGCUCGGACAAGACCGGAACCCUCACACAGAACCGCAUGACUGUGGCCCACAUGUGGUUCGACAACCAGAUCCACGAGGCCGACACCACUGAGGACCAGUCUGGCGCAUCGUUCGAUAAGACCUCCGUGACGUGGGUGUCUCUGGCCCGUGUGGCGUCACUGUGCAACAGGGCGGUGUUCAAGGCAGGCCAAGAUUCUCUGCCUAUCCUGAAGAGGGACGUGGCCGGCGACGCCUCCGAAUCGGCUCUGCUCAAGUGCAUCGAGCUUUCCUGCGGCUCCGUGAAACAGAUGAGAGAGAGGAACAAGAAAGUAGCUGAGAUCCCUUUCAACUCCACCAACAAAUACCAGCUGUCCAUCCAUGAGACUGAGGACCCCAACGAUAACCGCUACCUGCUGGUGAUGAAGGGUGCACCUGAGCGUAUCCUGGACCGCUGCUCCACCAUCAUGAUUCAGGGCAAGGAGCAGCCCAUGGAUGAGGAGAUGAAGGAGGCCUUUCAGAAUGCCUACCUGGAGCUGGGAGGACUGGGAGAGAGAGUGCUUGGAUUCUGCCAUCUCCUGAUGCCUGAGGAUCAGUACCCCAAAGGUUUCGCCUUCGAUACAGAUGAUGUGAACUUCCAGACAGAUAACAUGUGCUUUGUUGGGCUGAUGUCCAUGAUUGACCCGCCCCGUGCUGCCGUGCCCGACGCAGUGGGAAAAUGCCGCUCGGCUGGUAUUAAAGUUAUCAUGGUGACUGGUGACCAUCCCAUUACCGCCAAGGCCAUUGCCAAGGGUGUGGGCAUCAUCUCUGAGGGCAACGAGACUGUGGAGGACAUCGCCGCCCGCCUCAACAUCCCAGUCAGCCAGGUCAACCCCAGAGAUGCCAAAGCUUGUGUGAUCCACGGCACAGAGCUGAAGGACAUGUCUCAGGACCAAAUCGACGAGAUUCUGCGCAACCACACUGAAAUCGUCUUUGCCAGAACCUCCCCCCAGCAAAAACUCAUCAUUGUGGAGGGCUGCCAGCGACAGGGGGCUAUUGUAGCUGUAACUGGCGAUGGUGUGAAUGACUCUCCAGCUCUGAAGAAGGCUGAUAUUGGUGUUGCCAUGGGUAUCUCAGGGUCCGACGUGUCCAAGCAGGCUGCGGACAUGAUCCUGCUGGAUGAUAACUUUGCCUCCAUUGUUACUGGAGUGGAAGAAGGUCGCCUGAUCUUUGAUAACCUGAAGAAAUCCAUCGCCUACACUCUGACCAGCAACAUCCCAGAGAUCACCCCCUUCCUGUUCUUCAUCAUCGUCAACAUCCCACUGCCCCUGGGCACCAUCACCAUCCUCUGCAUUGACCUGGGCACAGACAUGGUUCCCGCUAUCUCUCUGGCCUAUGAAGCUGCUGAAAGUGACAUCAUGAAGAGGCAGCCCAGGAACCCAAUGAGGGACAAGCUGGUCAACGAACGUCUCAUUAGCAUCGCCUAUGGACAAAUCGGUAUGAUCCAGGCUUUGGGUGGCUUCUUCAGUUACUUUGUGAUUUUGGCUGAGAACGGCUUCCUCCCCUCGCUCCUGGUGGGCAUCAGACUCAGCUGGGAUGACCGCACUGCUAAUGACCUAGAGGACAGCUAUGGACAGCAGUGGACAUACGAGCAGAGGAAGAUUGUAGAGUUUACAUGCCACACAGCUUUCUUCGUCAGUAUUGUGGUGGUGCAGUGGGCUGAUCUGAUCAUCUGCAAGACCAGACGUAACUCUGUGUUCCAGCAGGGAAUGAAAAAUAAGAUCCUGAUCUUCGGUCUGUUUGAGGAGACAGCUCUGGCUGCAUUCUUGUCCUACUGCCCGGGCAUGGACGUGGCCCUCAGGAUGUACCCACUAAAACCUUCCUGGUGGUUCUGUGCAUUCCCAUACAGUUUCUUAAUCUUCGUGUACGACGAGAUCCGAAAGCUGCUCCUGCGCCGAAACCCUGGAGGUUGGGUGGAAAAGGAGACCUACUAUUGAUCAACGAGUUCCUUCUUUACUCCCGCCCCCCCUACAUCCCUCCAUUUUUCUUCUACUCCUAAUCCCCCCGUCCCAGUUCAAGACGCACAACCAGGCGCUCUACAUCUCCCCCCUCUUCCCCAUCCAGAGAGACAGCAGCUUAGAGCCGACCCCACGUCUGCCCCAAAGAGAAAAACAGAAAUAGAGAAAAAUCAAACUGCGAAGCACCUUCCAAACUCCUCCUCCUCUUCUUCCGCUCACCCCAGACCCAUAAACCGCCCUAUAAUACUCUUUGCAUGUCUUUUCACUCGGGUGUGUACAUAAAGUCUAUUAUAUAUCUACCAAUGGCAGCUGCAUAAUCAUUAUGUAGAUCUGAGAGGAGCUUUUGACGCAAAACUGGAACGUACGUAGAUACGUACACACAGAUACGUACGUACGUAUGUGUGCGCAUGAGUGUGUGUGUGAGUGAGUGUGUAUGAGUGCGCAAGUGUGUGUGGAUGCUUGGCUUACCGAGGGCCAGCCCUGCUCCCCUUCCUCACACCACAUCACAACAUCCACCCUGAUCCCCACAUCGCUCCGCCUCGCCUGUCCUCCAAUCGCCCACGGAUCACGGCAGACUCGGGUUCAGGCUCACAGGGAGUUCUUUUUACUUUCCGCUCUCUUGUAUCACCACGUUUUGUCUUUUCUUUUUUUAUUCCUUUUAUUUCUCCUGAGAGGUCACCUAAAAAAGGAGAGAGAGAGAGAUAGAGAGAGAAUUAAGCGAUGGGGCUUUUGGUGGGCUUUGUUCUUUUUUUUAUUUUGUAUUAUUUAUCCUCCUUAUAAUCAAGGUGGAGAGGUGUCCUGUGUCCUGAGACCUCUUUCCACAAUAAAAAACAUAUCGCUCUCCUUUCUUCUCACCCACCUGCUACCCUCCCUCUGUCUUUGUGUUUCCUGCUUCAGUAACACAGUAACACCCCACCCACACUCCUUCCAAAUAUCAUUUUUAGAAACGGAAAAAUAAAACACAUAAAAACAUCACUUUAGAUUCAAUCCCAGGUGUGAACACGGAUUAAAGCAAAUAAAGCAACAGAGCGACAGAGCACUGGUUCUCUAUCACGUUUUAACGUUCGGUAUAAAGAUACAGUUUAUGCAGGUAAAAUAUGUCUAUGUCUAUGUCUAAUAUCAGGUAUGGAGUAGAGAAUCAGUAAGACAGUACUUGACAGUUUUCUGGUUUCUGAUUCUACUGCCAUUACGAAUCCAAACACACCAGGUUCUGCCUCCUCCCCUUGUCCAGAAACACACACACACACACACACACACACACACACACAUACAACAGUUUCAUAUUGUGUUAAAAAUAAUAAGACAAGUGAUGACGUGUCUAUCAUUACAAGAUUAUAACAUUAUAUCAUCAUAUUAUUAUAUUAUAUACAUAUUAUAUUAUGCCCUUAUGCAAUUACAGUAUAUACCUGUAUCAUCAUAUCGUCUUAAAUGACUGAAUUUAAAGGAAUACAUUGAUAAAAAUUAAAUGAACAUGAAUAUAAUUGAUCACUGAUCCCAGACUUUUUUUGAAGUUUCUGAAGUGUGUUUAUUUAGUUUAUAAUAGGAGAUGCUGAUGGCUAACGUUGCUAGGCUACGUUGCUAAGUUUUUCGGAUAUAUAUUUUUUUAAGUUAUGUUUAUUACUGUGUGUAGUAAAACAAAAAUAGACCAGCCCAAUUUAGUGCAUUUAACAGUGGUAUAUCAGUAUAACAAAAAGUAAAUGUGUGUAAAUUGACAGGAAACGUUGCUUUUUUUAAGGAUAAAAAAAUAAAAUUUUGGCCAGUUACAGUCUUAUAGUAAAUUCAAAAUGCAUUUUAAUAAACAAAAAAUAUCAAAUUUUUGUUAUUUUAAUAAGAUUUCCCAAAGAACAAAAUAAAAAUAAUCUAAAAAUAUUAUAAUUCUGCUUUCGAUCUCGAUUUCAAAGGGCGUGUGGUACUUUAGAUUGUUAGCAUAGCUAACAUGUAAUAACUGUAAUACAGUUUUGCUAGAACUUGAAUGAAUAAUGAUAAGAUCUUGAAUAACGAUAAAAAGCUACGAAAGCAAUAAAAUAAGUUACGAUACUCUUAGUCAUCAAGUGUAGAGUGAUGGCACACAUUGUGCUGAGGUAAGAAGCGAUUAGCAGUUAGCUUUAUUAAUAGCAUUAGCAUUAUUAGCUUAGCAGUUCCUGUUCUAAACUAAAGAGGCACAGACAUCAAGUCAGACAUCAAAUGUGUCUCAGUUGAUUGACUGUCUCUGGAAUCAGGGUUCAUUAAUCAAGUUCAUUCGAUUUUUUGUAUGUACAUGGAAUAUUAUCAGAAGUAGAUCGAUCGUUCAUAUCAUGCUAACUUACACCUUUUCCCUUCUAACGUUAUAUAAAAAUAGGUCUUUUAGUGAACCUGCACUUGCUAUCAUUGCAGCCAGUGAGAGGAAUUUUAAGCUAGGCUAGGCUAGCGGCUAAUUCGAACAAACGAACCUGGUGUGUAAGGGGUCUUCAACUGCGGGCUUAUCAGGAAACGAGUGUGUGUUCUGUUUGCAUGGAGCCGCCCCAGGUCUUGCUGUGCUGUGAGUGUGUGAGCGUGUAAGGUUGUGUGUGUGUGUGUGUGCCCGAGUGUGUGUAUGCGUAUGGCGGGGGACAGUGCGCUGUAGCAGUCUGCCUCAGGCUGCAUCCAUCUCGAGAGGUGCAGGCGGUGAGACUAAAGAAUGAAAAGACGAAUAAAUAUGAUAUCAAACUGUAGAAAACAAUGUUUGAAAGCAAUGAAACCAACACCAAUAAAACAUCUAGAACAUUUAAUACAA